AUGACAGACAUUGCAACGUCGUCCGAGGGCUGGCACUGGGCCCCUGACGGUGGACUGGUUGCCGGCAUUCCUUCAAAAGGAGUGAUCCAACCACCACAGAGCGUCACAAGCUCAGACGCGAUGUUUGAUGUGAUAGUCAUCGGGGCUGGCUACACCGGGCUGACUGCUACAAGAGACUUGACCACCUCAGGGCUCAAAACUUUACUCCUCGAGGGCCGAGACCGUAUCGGCGGACGCACGUGGUCAUCCAAUAUCGACGGGUAUCCUUACGAGAUGGGCGGCACAUGGGUGCACUGGUUCCAGCCGCACGUGUAUCGAGAACUGUCCAGAUACGGCAUGAUCAAUGAACUGGUCCAUUCCACCGAUUACUCCAAACGCCACAACUAUUUCAGUUUCGCGACGAGCUCUGGUCGCCGAACCAUGAGCCAUGAAGAAGAGGACGAACUGUUCUCUCGAGCCAUGCAAAAAUUCGUCAACGUCGACGGCGACUUUGGCAAAACGGUCAUGCCGUUCCCGUUCAACGCGUACUGGAACAAGGACGUGCUGAAAUACGCCGACCUGUCGGUCGCUGAUCGUAUCGCCCAGAUCAGACACGACCUGUCGGAAGACGAGCGCCACGCGAUUGAGUCGUUCGUUCUCUUGUGCAGCGGCGGGACGGCCCAAAACUCGGCGUUUCUGGAUUUCCUUCGGUGGUGGGCGGCAGGAAACUACGACUAUCGGACGCUGUUGGACACCAUCAUUGUCUUCAAACUAAAGUGCGGCCAGUCGGAGUUUGCGCUCCGGUUCUUCAAAGAGGCACUUGCAACACGCAAUCUUUCGUACUCGUUCAAGACGGCCGUGGCGAAGGUCGAUUCGACAACAGACGCUCUCGUCCGCGUCACGACUCGUGAUGGUCGCCAAUUCCGAGCCAAGCGUGUCAUCUGCACCGCUCCAUUGAACGUGCUUCGCAAGAUCGCCUUCAACCCUCCACUGCUGGCGGAGAAGAGGGAGGCUUCUGAGCUGAAGCACGUGAACCAAUGCGUGAAAGUCCACGCAGAGAUCAAGGAUCCAGAGAUGCGGUCAUGGAGCGGAGUGACCUACCCGAACAACAAACUCGUGAUUGGCCUCGCGGACGGCAAAACCCCUGCUGGAUAUACUCAUUGUGUCUUCUUUGGGUGCGACGACAACCAUAUCCACGCCGACGACGACAUCGACGAGACUCUGAAAGCCGUCAAGGAGUUCGCCCCGAUGGAUGUGAACCGGCUGGUCUUCCACAAUUGGUCGAAGGACGAAUUUGCCGAGGGCGCAUGGGUGUGGUAUCGGCCAGGUAUGGAAGUAAAGUAUCUUGACGCUCUCCGGAGAAGACAAAAUGCGGUGCUGUUUGCAAAUUCAGACUGGGCUGCUGGCGGCUGGAGGAGUUUCAUAGACGGAGCCAUCCAGUCUGGCACCGAAGCCGCUUUGACAGUUCGAGGCGAACUGCAGGUUGGGCCUCGUGCAACUCACUUGUGA